CGUUGAUGUUGUCGCUCCCCAUGUUCGGUUGCGCUUUGAAUGAGGGGCCGUCACCACCACCACCAUCCCCGGCGCCUCGGAUGUGGAAAAUACAGUUUAAAGUCUGCCUGGAUGUGUUUAUGAUGAACGAGCGGGCUCGUCUAACGGAUCCCCGAGCGGCCGCGCGGCGUCCUUCCCUCCCCUCGUCCGGUUUCGUUGGAUGUGCUACACCCCGCUCUCUAUGUGUUGUGCUCUCCAUCUGAUAUUUCCAAUGACUCCUCUGGGAUCUACGCCUUAGAUCUGAUUGAACCGUAUUCAAAAAUCCAUACAUACAUUUUUCUUCAAUUGGAAUUCAGUCAACAACCCAGCAUCUGUAUCACCGUUCUCCCCCCCCCUCCCCCUUCCUCUUCACUUCUGAUUAAGAGAGGCAUCAAAAAGACACUUUAGUUCCACACAUACGCGCGCACACACACACGCACACAUACAUCGGCCACCAUGUCCUCCAUCCUUCCCUUCACUCCCCCGGUAGUGAAACGCCUCCUGGGAUGGAAGAAGACUCCGACGGGUAGCGGGGGAGCAGGAGGAGGAAUAGGGGAGCAGAACGGAGGAGGACAGGAGGAGAAGUGGUGCGAAAAGGCUGUGAAGAGCCUGGUGAAGAAGCUGAAGAAGACGGGGCAGCUGGAUGAGCUGGAGAAGGCCAUCAGCACGCAGAACAGCAACACUAAGUGUGUUACUAUACCCAGCAAUUGCUCAGAUCUGUGGGGUCUAGGCUCAGGCCACACGAUAGAGCAGUGGGACUCUGCAGGCAUGUAUGGAUACCCUGACCACAGCAGGUCUCUGGACGGGCGUCUCCAGGUGUCCCACCGUAAGGGCCUGCCCCACGUCAUGUACUGCCGCCUCUGGAGAUGGCCCGACCUCCACAGCCACCACGAGCUGAGGGCCAUCGACACCUGCCAGUUCGCCUUCAACCUGAAGAAGGAUGAAGUGUGUGUUAAUCCCUAUCACUACCAGAGAGUGGAGACACCAGUGCUCCCUCCGGUGUUGGUGCCACGCCACACAGAGAUCCUGACAGAGCUUCCACCUCUUGACGAUUUUACAAACUCCAUCCCUGAAAAUACCAACUUCCCUGCUGGCAUAGACCCUCCGAAUAACUAUAUACCAGAGACUCCUCCGCCUGGCUACAUCAGUGAAGAUGGAGAGACCAGCGACCAGCAGAUGAAUCAAAGUAUGGAAUCAGGCUCACCAGCAGAAAUGUCACCAAGCACCCUGUCACCUGUCAGUCAUGGCCUGGACCUUCAGCCAGUCACCUACAGUGAACCAGCGUUCUGGUGCUCUAUAGCGUACUAUGAGCUCAACCAGCGGGUGGGAGAGACGUUCCACGCCUCGCAGCCUUCCCUUACGGUCGACGGCUUCACCGACCCCUCCAACUCGGAACGCUUCUGUCUCGGGCUCCUCAGCAACGUUAACAGGAACGCCACCGUUGAAAUGACGAGGAGACAUAUAGGUCGCGGUGUGAGGUUGUACUACAUCGGAGGGGAAGUGUUCGCCGAGUGCCUCAGCGACAGUGCCAUCUUUGUCCAGAGUCCCAACUGCAACCAGCGAUACGGCUGGCAUCCUGCCACAGUCUGCAAGAUACCACCAGGCUGUAAUCUGAAGAUUUUCAACAACCAAGAGUUUGCUGCGCUGCUGGCCCAGUCAGUCAAUCAGGGAUUCGAGGCAGUCUACCAGCUGACCAGGAUGUGCACGAUCAGGAUGAGCUUCGUCAAGGGCUGGGGAGCAGAGUACAGGCGUCAGACAGUAACCAGCACCCCCUGUUGGAUCGAGCUGCACCUCAACGGCCCCCUCCAGUGGUUGGACAAGGUGCUGACCCAGAUGGGAUCUCCCUCAGUGCGCUGCUCCAGUAUGUCAUAAACGGGGGUCCUGCUGGUGCGGACGCAAACGUCAAACUGACAUUUUCACAACGUUUGAACAGUGCGUCCCUGAAGAAAACAACCGUGCGGUCUUAAACAAAAAAAAAAAAAAAGGUUAACUCGAUGGACCUGGAGGAGAGAACGACGCGGACUUAUGGACAAUAGGGGAAUGUUAACAGUGAUGUCAACACUGGAUCUGAUUACCUUUUGGCUCUGCUGGAUCAACACCAGGCUGACAUUCCAGUAAUCACGGACCUAAUAAUGAUCGAGAUCACCCUGCAAUAUUAGAAAUGACAAAUGGUGAGUGAGGUCUCAACGGACCAGACUGCAUUCAUGUUUUUUUGGGGGGGGGUAUUUGAACAAGGCUGCAACCCAGAAACGCACAGCAGGACCGGGGCUUUAGCGUCCUCAGUAAAGGCAUGACCAUUGCUGUUUUUCUGGGAUCGAACAUGUGACCUUUUAGUAACAGGGACAGUCUGCUGUCGGACCACUUUCCCACCUUGCCUCUUCACUACCGACCUACCACAGCACAAGCUUUGACUCAGCCUCGAUAUUUCCGUUUUACACAAAGGGUUGACUCGCAGUAGUACUGCCGCUCCAGGCUCAUCUUCAACCAAAGUCAACUUUCAAGCCUGGACAUGAAUUUCUCUUCAGCAUCUCUUGGUUUUAGAGACCAAACUUCCGUUUUUAUGUCUGCUCCUCUUUGCUUCUCUCUCCCGAUCAGUCCCUGCGUUGUCGCGACCACAGACCCUGACAACAUGACCGUUGGAGAGAAAAGGUUCUAAUUAAUAUUACACACCCUGUCAAUACAUGUUCACAUGCGCACACACACACACAUUUACACACUUUUGAAGUUCACAUGUCAUUUCACCUAUUACAACACAAUUGUUUUUUGACACAACAAGAAAUGAUUUCCUCUUUGUGCUCGACGUCAGUUGGCCUCACAGUGGGGCAAAGGUUUGUGUGUGGAUUAGAGUUGAAGAAAAAAAAUACCUUUUAUUCUUCUGUGAGGAGUUUUUUUUAUUUUCCAAGUGUGGUCAGUUGCUAACCAGCGCAGAUAACUGGAACGAGUAAGCUAAGGAAAUCCUCCGAGCAGGAGCAUGUGACACGUCAGCUCUUGCGGAGCUGCUUCAUGCAGCUUCAAUCUUUUGAACGUUUAGUUAGUUAUAAUGAAUAAAUGCAGAAAUACUCCACAGUUCCCUCGAGUAGUUCGGGCCCAACACGAUGCACUAUCUCUUGUUUCCCCCUCCUGCAUGCUCUUGCUGUCUCUCUCUCUUACAUUCGCUUCCAUUUUUACAAUUGUGUCAUCUUGUAUAUGAAGGGGAGUCCUACGUCAGCCUUGUGCAGGAUCAGGACUCGCGCGCAAACCCAAGAGUCUAAGCUUCAGUGUCGCCCCCCCCCAACCCUGCUGUGUAACAGACAAAAAAGAGAAACGUUAAAAGUUUCACAGAUUUAGAAAAUGUGCAAGACUGAUGCACACGUUUCGCCCUUAUUGACAUUUUAUUAAUAGGAAAAGUCCUGCAUUGUUUUUUGACUUUUAAAAAAAGAAAAAAGCCCCUAUACUGUACUUGCACUGCCCCUAAUCAUGCACCCAUAAAUAAAGAUGCCUUUUAUGUAAAAAAAAAAAAAUACAGCAAGAUAUGCUUUGAAAUGUACAGAUAGGAAUGUUGCAAAUCCCAUUUGAAAGUUAAGAAAAUUACCAGAAAAUCUUUCAUAAAUUUAGGAUAUUCGCUAUUAAGAUUUUUGUCCUUAUAUUGUCUGAAUUGGCUUAUUGUACAUGUCCGGAGCAUAUAUUAGAUUUAAAUGAGAGUCCUCGCCCUAAUCUAAAAGCCAGCUAAUACCCAUAAAUGGGUAUUUUCGAGUCCAAAUCUUUUCAAACUCAAAGUAUUUAAGCUUUAAGUAUUUGACAAGCUAGUUUGCUACACAGUUAUUAUUUUUCUUUACACAUUCUUUUAGCUACAUUUUUGUAUUUCCAUGUAUUUUUUUAUAUAUAUAAAUAUAUUUAAAAUCUUUCAAAGCUUUCUUCCUUUUUAUUAGAAAUCAGAUAUUUUUUAAAGUACGCCCUCUUGUUUGAAACGACCACAGCUGGAUGAUGAUGAUGAUGAUGAAGAAGAAGAAGUGAAUGUGAAGUAUGUAGCAUAGGAUCUUAACGUUUUACCGCUGAGGAAACAGUCGUUCUGUGCCGCUCAGUGACGGAGACGUCGAGUCAUGACAUCAAAACCACAUUCGACUGCUAAAAAACGGUAAAAGUUUGCAGAGUUUUUGGAACCUAUUGGCGAUUAUCGCUGUCGAAAAAGUUUUUUUUUUUGCCUUACUGUUACUAAAAAUCUUCAGCUCUAUGAGUGUAUCCCAAAAUAUAAUGGUUGUUUUCCCCAAAGACUGAGCCCACGUAUUUACAGUAUGUCCUGUACACUGUUUCUAAAACCUAACUGCUGAUGAAAACCCAAUAGCUCCAGUAACCAUGGUAAUAUUUAAACUUCCCAAUGUCCUUUUGUUGUUGUUCUUCCUUAAAACAUUCAUUUUUAAAAUAUUCCAUAAGCUCUUGAUAAUGAAAUUCUGACCUUUGGGAGAUAGUAGUGAUUUCAUUCAGCUGCUGGGCUGCACAGUAUUAAUUUUCAGUAUCUCAGCGGUUGGUAUUAAUUUUUUUUAAAAGCUCAGACUUUGGGAGGUAAACUUAUUGAAUUCAGUCUUACCUUAGCAACUUAGGACAUUUCAGUAUUCAGUGUUUGAUUCUCAGUACGGUUGUAAACUGUAAAUUGAUUGAGCGUGUUUAUAUGCACACAGGUAUUUUACGACAUUACUGUAUGUCCCAGUUGAGGCCUCUUUACUGUAGGUGUAUAAACAACUGGAUUUUAAUUUGUAAAUGGGACUACACUUGCACCGCCAUCUUGGAUCAUACUGUCACAUUCCAGAUAUAUUGUUUGACUUUCUCUUAACUGGCAAAAAAAACAAAAAAACUGAUCUUAACUUGAUGAUGCUGGUGCAUGUAAACACACUCAGGUUUACAAUCUUAACUUUUAAAAAAUGCUGUAAAACACCAAAUUAGGUUUAAUUUAACAAUCAAAGGCUGUGACGAGAAGUCCAAAAAUCCUGAUGUGUAAUCAUACAUAGUGUCGAUCCUGCAGAAACGUUAGAAAACAAAUUUCGCGUUCCGUACACACUCUGAGAAAUGGCGUCCUCUCCUAGAGGGCAAUGUGCUCUGACCAAAGUGAAAGAAAAUCUCAAAAGCGAAUGAUUGGUCUCGCAGGACAAGCUCUUUGUGGUUCGACCCAAGCAAAUUAUGAACUAUACUUUUUAUUUUUUGGAAAACCAUUCCAUUGUCACUUGUAACCAAACAAAACCAGCCAAAUGCUGUAGUGUUUGUCUUUGUCUCUCUGUAUGUGACUCUGUCUUUCCACUUGUCUGUCCUGUCUUAUUUUUAUUUUUUUUUCAUUUAUUUGGCAAAAAAGUUGAUUUUACUUUUUUUAGGUCAGCAUCACACACAUGCAAAAAUGAAGAUGUAGUGUUUCCUCUUCAGGUUGUUGUAUCUUUGCUUAGCCCACGUGUGUUUUCUAUGCAGUUGCAUCAAAUUGCGCUCUGAAACAUUUCCCCAUUAUAAAGAAAUAUGCAUAGCGUAUUUCUGCUACUGUUUUUAAAAAACAUUGCCAGGGUCCAGCAAAAGCCUUUUUUAUCUACUUCUUCUUUCUUUAAAAUGAGUGCCACCUAAAGUUGUACCCCACCCCCCCCCCAGAAAACCAACCACCCUUUCCUCACUUCCUCAAGAUUCAGUUUUUGGAGAUGGGAAAUGAGACCGAAUGAGGUUUCUUGUAGGCUACAUCUACACAUUCUGAGGGUCCACAUUCCUAUUUACAGAUCACAUAAUGUAUUUUUUUUCUUUUCUUAUUGUGAUGACAAUUGUGUAUCCCCAAAUAAAGCCACUUCCUGAUGAAUAUCCGGAAAAAAGAUGGCUUUUUUUUUGGAGAAAGUGAAGUUUCUACAUGUCACUAUAGUGGUGUUAUUGUAUAGUUUUACUUUUAUUUUGACCAUACAUGCUCUUUUUUUCUUUUCUUCUUGCUAUCGACAGAUUAUAUUCCAUUAGAAAACGAGCUGUUUAGGAUUUCUGUCUUCUUCAGACACUGAUGAUGAUCUUCAUAGGCUUUCCAACUAUUCUACAUAUACAUUCAACUUAUUACAGUGUACACUAAUAAAGCUGUUUUAAUUCAA